AGCGUCCGCGGCCUUUCACGCGUGUGGUCGUCCUUGCAGGCGGAGCGGGCGAUGAGGCCCGGCGGCAUCUUGCUGGUGGGAGAGGGGAACUUCUCCUUCGCUGCCUCCCUGUGUGACCGCGUGUCGAGGGACACCCGCGUCGUGGCCACCUGCUACCAGAGCCAAGAAGCAGCCGCCAGGCACGAGGGGACGGCGGGCAACAUCGACUACCUACUGGAAAAGGGAGCAGAAGUCUACUUUCUGGUGGAUGGCACCAACCUUCAGGGAUGCCCGUCCUUAAGCAGCAGGCGGUUCGACAGGAUCAUCUUCAACUUCCCCCACUGCGGCCGGAAGGCGGGAGUGAAGAAGAACAGAGAACUUCUGGCCAAGUUUUUUGCGAGCUGCGCUGACGUUCUCACGGCGGGCGGGGAAGUGCACGUUACCCUGUGUAAGGGCCAGGGGGGCACCGGCGCUGACCGACCACCGCGGAGCUGGCACGACAGCUGGCAGAUCGUUGCCAUGGCGGCCGGCGCCAGCUUCAUUCUCACUGGGGUGCACCCGUUUGACAGCGCCUGCUACGGUGGCUAUACCAGCACAGGCUACAGGAGCCAAGAUAAGGCCUUCUGCCUGGACGGAGCCCUGACUCACGUGUUCACUCGGAGUUUGCCCAUCGCCAGGCCGGAGCCCGUCGCCAUGGAGACCGAGAUUGGGGAUGAGCGCUGCUGCUUCCAGAUCCCCGCAGAGCUCGCCGACAAGAUCGACAGGGGUUUCCUCAGGAAAGGUUCGACCCACCCGGUGAAUGUCGUCAAAGGCCUGCUGCUGGAGCGGAUCGGCGAGGAGGCGGCCGUCCGGGAGCUGGAGGGCGACUCCCCGCUGCUGGCCAAGUUCGACCCCGGGUCCGAGGUUGCCGAGUCCCAGGUUUACUUUGCCGCCCGCUCGAGCCGGAGCCCGGGCGGCGGGACGCCGGACGCGGCCGGGGCUUACUGCCUGCGCCCCGCUCUGGCGCAGCGCCUGCCCGAGUUGCUGCGGAGGCCGGACUUCCAGGCCGAGGUGGUCUACGCCCUGAGCGGCGCCGUCUUCAGGAGGUGCCCCAUCUCGCCGCUGGCGAUGCCCGCCUUCCACGAACUGCUGCUGGUGUCCGCCUCGCCGACGGGCGCCUUCCGCCGGCUCACGUCCGCCGUGGAGAGGGCCGUCGCUCUCCUGGUGGUGAGCUCGGCCUCCGGGAGCGGGGGGCGCGGCGUUGGCGGCCCCAGCCCGGUCGCCUUCGAGGAGGAGGAGGAGGAGGGCGGGAGGCGCUGGAGCGUCGGCGUGAGGGACGCGGCCCUGCCGUCCCUCGCCAGCGUGGCCGUCGGGAGGGAGGACCGAGGCCGGAGCCCGGGCGGGCUGCGGGUCUGGCUGGCCUCGGUGAACCUGGACUUGCUGUCCAUGGCGCUGUGCGGGGUCGGCGACUGGAGGCUGCUCUGGGCCGGCGGCCGGGCGGGGGCCCUCCCCGCUCCCUCGCUCUACCCGCCCUCCUACAGGCACGACGUCAGCUUCUGGGCGGAGGCCGGCGCCGAGCCGGACGAGCUGGAGCUCCACGCCCUCGCCAGGCGGGUGAGCGGCGGGUCAGUCAAAGCCAUGGAGCUGAUCGACCGCUUCCGCCACCCCCAGGCGAACCGGAGCAGCUACUGCUACAGGCUGACCUACCAGUCCUGCGACAAGGCCCUCUCCCAGCAGCGGGCGCUGGAAAUGCAACUGCAGCUGAGGGCGGAGCUGCAGAGAGCCUUCCCCGUCACGCUCAGAUAAAUACCCCGGGCCGGGGCCUCCUUUCUGGGGUGCCGUAGGGUUCCGACACCUUUCCUGACCUCCCCCCCCCCCCCACCGCCACCGCCAGGCGCGUUCUGUCUGGGAGGGGCAGCGGGGUGGUGAGCCUGUGGUGUUCAUCACCACUGGGGUAUAUCGGGGGUGGCCAACCUUUUACAUUCCGCACGUCGAUCUUUUCACGCACGAGUCCAGGUGCGCCUUAACACUCUUCGUACCCCCAUUCCGUCCCAGUAAGAAAAUGCCGAUAUAGACGUCUUUAAUAUUUUUGCAUAAUAUGUUGAUUUAAUAUAAAACAAGGUGAACGUCACUUACCUUAAUGAGACUUGCAACAAAUAUAUUUUGUCCUCUUCUCCCGUUUGCUUAAUCACAUAUUCCCUCCGUAACUCAGACCCAAGCACUGGGCUCCAGCUUUCCUUCUAUUUCAGUCUGAUGUUGUGUUUUAUGGUGUCUGUUGAGAUCAUGCCUCCUAUCGUGUGAGGAGGUGUUUUCACAGACAGUCACACGCACGGUUUUCCUGACGGGUCCCCGCUGGAAGCAAGGACUCGUUCUUCCCCGCUGUCCGUUGAAUUCACGCCGACUGUCACUUCCUGCUUUUCUUUUGCACUGUGACGGGUAACCGAGUGUUAAAAACGAGGCCUAACUUUCGAAGAAGUAAGUACAGAAACUGCAGACGUCCUCGAGGGGACGAACGGAGCACAACUCGCACGGGGGCCGAUUGUAAACUGACUGGCAAGAAAACCUGCGGCGCGCCACAGGAUCGGACAAGUGCCAAGCGGGUACUGAACGGCUGCCGAACGGAAGGUCCUCCUUCCCUAGUUUGACUCAUUGCACUCGCCGAAAGAUGUGCACGGAGUAAUAAAGUCGCCAGAGGAAUUGAAUCGCAGAGGGAAAGAAACUGUUCCUGAAUCGCUGAGUGUGUGUCUUCAGGCUCCUGUACCUCCUCCCUGAUGGCGGAGGGGAAAAAGCUGUUCCUGAAUCGCUGAGUGUGUGUCUUCAGGCUCCUGUACCUCCUCCCUGAUGGCGGAGGGAAAGAAGCUGUUCCUGAAUCGCUGAGUGUGUGUCUUCAGGCUCCUGUCCCUCCUCCCUGAUGGCGGAGGGGAAGAAGCUGUUCCUGAAUCGCUGAGUGUGUGUCUUCAGGCUCCUGUACCUCCUCCCUGAUGGCGGAGGGAAGAAGCUGUUCCUGAAUCGCUGAGUGUGUGUCUUCAGGCUCCUGUACCUCCUCCCUGAUGGCAGAGGGGAAGAAGCUGUUCCUGAAUCACUGAGUGUGUAUCUUCAGGCUCCUGUACCUCCUCCCUGAUGGCGGAGGGGAAGAAGCUGUUCCCCAAUCGCUGAGUGUGUGUCUUCAGGCUCCUGUACCUCCUCCCUGAUGGGGGAGGGGAAGAAGCUGUUCCUGAAUCGCUGAGUGUGUGUCUUCAGGCUCCUGUACCUCCUCCCUGAUGGCGGAGGGGAAGAAGCUGUUCCUGAAUCGCUGAGUGUGUGUCUUCAGGCUCCUGUACCUCCUCCCUGAUGGCGGAGGGGAAGAAGCUGUUCCUGAAUCGCUGAGUGUGUGUCUUCAGGCUCCUGUACCUCCUCCCCGAUGGCGGAGGGGAAGAAGCUGUUCCUGAAUCGCUGGGUGUGUGUCUUCAGGCUCCUGUACCUCCUCCCUGAUGGCGGAGGGGAAGAAGCUGUUCCUGAAUCGCUGAGUGUGUGUCUUCAGGCUCUUGUACCUCCUCCCUGAUGGCGGAGGGGAAGAAGCUGUUCCUGAAUCACCGUCUGUCUUCAGGCUCCUGUACCUCCUCCCUGAUGGUAACAGUAAGAAAGGGGCAUGCCCUGGGUGCCGGAGGUCCUUAAUAAUGGACACUGCCUUUCUGAGACCCGCUCCCUGAAGAUGACCUGGGUACUUUGCAGGCUAGUGCCCAAGAUGGAGCUGACUAGAUUUACAACCUUCUGCAGCUUCUUUCGGUCCUGCGCAGUAGCAACCCACAGCCCCACCACACCCCAGUGCUGUCCUCCUACACACACACACACACACACACACACACACUCACCUAUCCUCAUUUCCUUCUCCUUUCCCACCUGGUUCCAGCGGCCCACCCUGCUCUUCCCCAUCCAGUCCUGUCUUCUAGCUGCCACCCUGCUACCCCGCUCCCUAACCCCUGUAGGGCAAUCACUCCCCUUCCCCAACCCCCCCCCCCCCAGUCCUGAUGCAGCCAGAGACCCUGGGGUUGCUGCUCAUCCCAGUUCAGCCAAAGUAAGGGACCACCCCCCCCCCCCAACUACCCAGGCCACGCUCUCUUCUUGCUGCUGCCUUCGGGAAGGAGCCCGAGGACAGACAACUGCUUCAGGAACAGUUACUGCCCCUCAGCCGUCAGGCUCCCGAACCAGGGGGGGAUAACCUCACUCGGCUUCGCUCGCCCGCCAAUGAACUGUUCCCACAACCCGUGGACUCACUCUCAGGGGACUCUCCGCCUCAUGAUCUCGAUGUUUAUCUCUGAUUUGUUUAUAUUUUUUUCAUUGAGUUUUCAAAUGAUUACAGAAAGAAGAAAGGAAAAAAAAUUAUCAACCCUUCCCCCCUCCCCCCUAACAUAUCCGUAUAGAAGGAAAGAAAAAGAAAGAGAAGAAGAAAGAAAGAAGGAGUGCCUGGAUAUCGGAAGAUCCCCACAUGCUCCAUGGAGUUCGUAAUAACUUUAGUACAUAUAUUUAUUUCUUUCCCCAAAUAACCAAUUAUUUUAUCUUCAGAGCACCUAUAUAUUUAAUCCUGUCUUUUGUAAAUAAGGGCGCCAAAUUUUCAGAAAUGUUUCAUAUUUAUCUCUUAAAUUAUAAGUAAUUUUUUCAAGUGGAAUACGGCUGGAAAUUUCGUUCUUCCAAUGAUCUAUACUUAAGUAUGCAUCCGAUUUCCAAGUAACUGCAACAGCCUUUUUGGCUACUGCCAGUGCAAUUUUUAUGAUUUCUUUCUGAUAUUUAUUCAAUUUGGGUUUCGGUUUUAUCCCUACAAUAUCACCUAAUAAAAAUAAUAUUGGAUUAUGUGGAAGUUGUGUUCCAAUAAUUUGUUCCAAUAAAACUCGUAAAUUUGUCCAAAAAGGUUGAAUUUUAGAACAAGACCAAGUAGAAUGUAAAAAGUACCAAUUUCUUAAUUACAUCGGAAACAUUGAUCAGAUAAAUUUGGGUUGAAUUUAUUUAUUUUUGUGGUGUAAUAUAUAAUUGAUGUAAAAAAUUAUAUUGCACUAACCUUAACCGGACAUUUGUUGUAUUUGUCAUACUAUCAAGACAUAGUCUUGACCAAUUUGUUUCUUCAAUUUUAAUAUUCAAGUCACUUUACCAUUUUUGUCUUGACUUAUGAAUUCCUUGUUUAAUUGCCUGUUUUUGAAUCAAACUAUACAUACAAGAAAUAAAUUUUUUAAUUUUUCCUUUUUGAAUUAAAAUUUCUAUUUCAUUA